GUUAUCUCGCGAGAAGAGAAUCCCCUCGCGAACACUACAGUACGUGGCUUUCACAGCUGAGCAGUAGAGCGGUGGGUGCUAUGGUCCGGAGGUAGAGAUGUUGUCUCCAUUCUCAGCAUCAGGUCACAGGUGAGCGGAGCCGGUGUUUCCAGGGUGUAGAUGAGAACGGCUGCAGUCAGCGAGAAGGCUCCUUACCGUCACCCUCCUUCCUGUCCCCGGGGAGCGGCAGCCAGGGAGCCUCCGCGGCGGUGAGGUCACCCAGCCCCGCGGCUCGACAUGGCAGAGAGCGGCUCCUCGGCUGAACUGUCCGGCUCCCUGACGGGCUCGGUUCUUCCGCCGCCCAGGACCCGGAUCUUCAAGAUCAUCGUCAUCGGAGACUCGGGCGUGGGGAAGACCUGCCUCACCUUCCGCUUCUGCGCGGGCAAGUUCCCCGAGAAGACCGAGGCCACGAUCGGGGUGGACUUCAGGGAGAGGCUGGUGGAGAUAGACGGAGAGAAAAUCAAGAUCCAGCUGUGGGACACUGCCGGCCAGGAGCGCUUCAGGAAGUCCAUGGUGCAGCACUACUACCGCAACGUGCACGCCGUCGUGUUCGUCUACGACAUGACCAACGGCGCCAGCUUCCGCAGCCUCCCCGCCUGGAUCGAGGAGUGCAAGCAGCACGCUCUGGGCUCGGAGGUGCCCAGGAUCCUGGUGGGCAACAAGUGCGAUCUGCAGGACUCCAUCCAGGUGGGCACGGACGUAGCGCAGCAGUUUGCAGACGCUCACUCCAUGCCGCUGUUUGAGACGUCGGCGAAGAGCCCAAACAGCCCGGGGGGCGCCAACUACCACAACAGCGACCACGUGGAGGCCAUCUUCAUGACUGUGGCGCACAAGCUGAAGUCCCAGAAGCCUCUGGUGCUGAGUCAGCCAUCCGAGGGAGCGGGAGGGACGGUCACCCUGAGCGGGGGGAGGAAUGAUGGGAGCGAUGGAGGCAGGGGGUGGAGCUGCAGCAGCUGCUGAGGGUCAGCAGCGGGGGGGGGGG